GAGAGAAACACAAAAUCACGAGAAUAGCUCUCACAUUGUCGUCUUCUUCUUCCUGCGACUGUUGUCUUCUAAAUCGAUUCGAUCUCGCCUCGUCGUCGUCUUCUAAACCGAUCUCGCCUCGUCGCCUUCUAAAUCGAUUCGACGCAAGUCUUCGAUUGGGUUUGUGUUUUGGUUUCUCGAUCGGGUUGUAUCGUUUGUGUUUGGGACGAACCGUCGAACAAAAACGAGCCGCGCCAUUGUAGUCUCUAGAAGAACUCUCUUCUUCAGUUUAGAUGGGAAGCCCUAACGACGACACCGCUGCCGAGACGGAUCUUACAAACGAUUCCAUCGGAGAGACACGAAAGGACUCCGAUUCUGAUCAGAGUCAAAAAACGAUUGCGGCGGAGAAGACUUGCCUCUUCUUAUUCUUCCUCCUCCUUCUGGUCAAUUCGAAGAAGGAGAGAGAGUCUUAGCAAACCACAGUGAUUGCUUUUACGAAGCCAAGAAAGCACAAUUUUCUAUGUUCGAGAGAAGGAGAGCAGAUCCAAAGAAUGUGGCUGCAAUCAUUCUAGGAGGAGGCGAUGGAGCUAAACUCUUCCCUCUUACCAAGCGAACAGCAACACCGGCUGUUCCGGUGGGUGGAUGCUAUAGGAUGAAACAGGUUCUCGCUGCUACACAAACUCCUGGUGAAACUGGGAAAAAGUGGUUUCAAGGAACAACAGAUGCUGUCAGAAAAUUUCUAUGGGUGUUUGAGAACAGAGUUUACUUGUUUUUUGAGUAUGCUGCUAGAGGUGAGCUUUGCAAGGAGCUUCAAAAAUGCAAGUACUUCGGCGAUCGCUGCUUCUCAAAGAAGCAGGUUUCCUUGUGAUCUCAAGUCGGCACAAGAGAACAACAAGUCUCUGGUCUUCGAUUCUGCUCUUCCCGUGACUAAACUCGUGAGCUCAAGUCGGCACAAGAAAACAACAAGUCUUUGGUCUUCGGUGAAUCUUGUGAUCUCAAGUCGGCACAAGAGAACAACAAGAAAACAACAACCUUCCCGUGACUAAACCCGUGUCUCAACCUUCCCGUCAGAACGCCCAUGAACUUUUUUGUGUUUUUCUUUCCCCACUUGAUGUUCAGUAAACUUGUAUAUAUAGCAAACGAGAAUCGGCUACUUCCCAACUGUCUCUUAAACGAUAAUCGACUACUUCCCAACUCUCUUGUAAACUCAUAUUCAGUCUGCUUUAUUCUUAAGUUUUAAAUAUUUUCUCCAUCCCAACUCUCUCUUAAAAAAUCUCUCAUUUCUUAUUGUCAUGUCUUCCCCAGAUUUAGAUGAUGAGUAUGAUGAAUUUUUUGAUGAACAUUUUGGCAAUCUAUUCCAAGAUUGCCUAGAUGAUUAUGGCAAUGAUCAACAACCAACUACUUCAAGGCGGCCAAGAGCUUAUAUUGAUAGACAACACGAAGAAGGGCAUAUUCAAUUAUGGAAUGAUUAUUUUAGCGAAAAUGCUACGUUCUCUACUAGUAGUUUCCGUCGUCGUUUUCGAAUGAACAAAUCAUUGUUCAUUCGUAUUGUUGAGGCACUAUCCAAUGAAGUACCAUAUUUCCAACAAAGAAGAGAUGCUACGGGAAGGUUGGGUCUGUCUGGAUUACAAAAGUGUACAGCAGCCAUUCGUAUUUUGGCAUAUGGGUGUGCAGCUGAUGCAGUUGACGAAUACCUCCGCCUCGCAGAUAGCACCGCAAUGCAAUGCUAGGAAAAUUUUGUGGAGGGAAUUAUAUAUUUGUUUCAAGAUACGUACCUAAGAAGACCUACAUCAGAGGAUCUCCAAUGAUUACUCAAUUUAGCAUCAGAGGACCGCAGAUUUCCCGGGAUGAUCGAAAGCAUUGAUUGUAUGCAUUGGGAAUGGAAGAAUUGUCCAACAGCUUGGAAAGGACAGUAUUCUCGUGGAUCUGGAAAACCUACAAUCGUUUUAGAGGCUGUGGCAUCGCAAGAUCUCUGGAUUUGGCAUGCAUUUUUUGGUCCUCCAGGUACUUUAAAUGAUAUCAAUGUUCUUGACCGUUCACCAGUUUUUGAUGACAUCUUAGAAGGUCGAGCUCCGAGAGUAGAUUACUUUGUCAUCGGACGACAUUACAAUAUGGCUUACUACCUCACUGACGGUAUAUAUCCGAGAUGGGCAACAUUCAUCCAAUCAAUUUCACUUCCACAAGACUCGAAAGCAUCGUUAUUUGCAAGGUGUCAAGAAGCUGCCUGAAAAGAUGUCGAACGUGCUUUUGGAGUCUUGCAAGCUCGUUUUGCGAUUGUUAAAAAUCCUGCACUUUUUUUGGAUAAGGCAAAAAUAGGAAA